AUGUCGGCACUUUGCUUCGUCCCGUUUGCUGAGCCCGCCAAAGAAUCGGAGGACAAACCGCAGGCUCACGUAUACGCGCCUGGCUUUUACGGGAUCCAAACCUAUGCUCGCGAGUUGCUGGCUUCGCAGGACGCCAUUCUGUCCUGUUUCAUCGCUUUGACUACAGUUCCCGUCUCCAGUCUUCAGCUGCCGGCCGACUUGUUGGUUUUUGAUUUCCUGCGUUUUCCAACAAAUCUGCAGACGGACCAACGUUUCGUCCUUGUCUUAGGGCAACCAAAGGAAAGAUCCACUUGGCUCUCCCUCACCCUGAUUCAUCUCCUCUUUCCGCCGCACGUGGACGCCACUACUCCACCACAGAACCGUCUGUUGGAAUCUUUGAAAGGAGUGCACACCCGGCAGGGUGAAGCCUACUUCCUGAAAAUUUUACGAUUUCUCGAUUUUACAUGCAGCACCGACAAGCUGGUAUCACCGUUUCUUGGAAAAAUUUCAAACAAUCUCCAGAGUAUCACUCUGCAGCGGCUGGCUUCGCCAUCCGCAGACCAGAUCACUCGUUCCAGCCUCUUUGAUUGGCUCGCCGAGGCGGUGCUCUUUGACGCGCUCAAGGGUCCUGGAGCCUCGCUCUUCCAGGGAUCUGGUUUUACUCUCCUACGCAUCCUCUGCUCUCCACCGAAGUCUUCAGCAGGUGAUACCAAUGGAAGUAACGGCAAGACUUCUGAGCAACCCCUGGAUAUUCUCAGUGUGCUGCUUUCCACACUAGAUGAAAUCGAUGCAGAUUUGCAGGAAGAAGUGGAUGGAACUACAGUGUCUCUCUACUGGUCCGUCCUCAAACUGAUAUCAGCGAUUUGGCUGCAGCCAUCGAAUCCAUUCCGACUGCAGCUGAACGACAAGGGAAAGCUGUGGAGCUCCAUAUCCGGACCCUUCCUCAAACUCCUUUCGACGCUGGAGUCGCAAGAGGGGAGUCUCUCCACCAUUGAACUCGAAGUUACUGGAUACCUGCCUGCUAUUCUCUCCGUCGAGGUCUACGAAUACAUCAAGUGCGUCGCUUUCCGUGGAAUCUCCGACUGCUCAACAGACGUUUCCUCAAUAGACUCGCCUUCCCAACCGAAGGAACCACUUUAUUCAGCUUUGUUGUGGUCUCUUACUCGCUGCAAGAGUCUGUUCAGUGUUCUUCUGACGGCCAGCCAGUUGCAGGAAGACAGCAGUGCCAAGUCUGGUAACUUGACAAUUUCCAGUGAAGGCGUUCUUGAACUGGUUGACUCUUGGCUGGAAAACAUCCUGGUACUGGCCAUCGUCAAUAUCGUUCUGUAUACAAAGCUGCAGCUACCUGUUUGCAUGUUUUCUGGAAAAUUCGGACCGACCAAUGGCCCAAUUCAAACAGUAGACUGGUUCACUCGAGUUGUCACCAUCCUUGCUCAACAACGGCAGUAUGUGUCAGAAUCCCAGAAACUCACCUUUUCCCAUUUUCACGCCGAUCUCCUGGCCAUUCUGUGUAGGCUGGUGCCAAGCAUUGACUCCUCUCUGUCGGAUGGUCAACCCUCCUCGCCAACAAAUCAGGACCUUGAUAAGAGCCUGGAACGUCUGCUUACCCUCUGCUUUGACUACCUUCAUAGCAUCUCCCUCAAGACCCGUAUCUCCACAGCUGAUCGUGAGGUCUUUAUCCAAACUGUCAAUAUUCUUCAGAGUAUUUGGGACUACUUUGACUCCUACCAGCUCAUUUGCACGCUGACUGACUGCGGUACACUAAACAACCUGCUCGUUAUUUUCACUGAACACUCGAGGACCCGUAACGGCGCCUCCUUCUGCCAGGCUCUGGUACUCCUGCUCCUACGUCUACUCACACCCCCCACCAUCAGCCUUUCAGCGGCCGAUGCAACAAUGCCCUCUCGCGCGCCCACCUCUGGUUUCUAUCCGAACCUCAUCCAGUCACCUCUGCGAGCCUCCCCUGCCUCCACAUCCUCCGUAUCACUUAGGCAGGCUGAACUUGUCGCCUCCUACUCGGACCUCCUCACCCAGGGCUUGCGACUGCCUUCUGUUGAGAAGUUGACCCGUUGGCUAUCUCAGGAUGAAGCCUGCGAGGUGCGUAGACAUUCUUUAAGUCGUAAUAAUUGA